AUGUCCGAAACAGCAACAUCGAACUCCAACGGAGACCUCUGGCUCUUCGGAUACGGAAGUCUCAUCUGGAAACCGCCUCCGCAUUACGACCUCCGCAUCCCCGGCUCCAUCACCGGCUACGUCCGUCGAUUCUGGCAAGCCAGCGAAGACCACCGCGGCACGCCCUCGUCCCCCGGCCGCGUCGUCACGCUGAUCGAGCGCGCCGUCUUCGACGCCCUGGCCGCCGAACCGGCGCCCGACCGGGUCCACGGCGCCGGCUACCGCAUCCCGGCCCCCCACGUCGACGCCGUGCGGGCGUACCUCGACCUGCGGGAGAUCAACGGGUACUCCAUGCGGCACACGACCUUUUGGCCGUCGCCGUCGCCGUCGCCGUCGCCGUCGCCGUCGUCCGGACCGCCGCCGCCGCCGCCGGUCGAGGGGUGCCUCGUGUACAUCGGACUGCCGUCGAACCCGCAGUUCCUCGGCCGGCAGUCCCCGCAGGCGGUGGCGGAGGUGAUAGCGGGGAGUGCGGGGCCGAGCGGCGCCAACGCGGAGUAUCUCUUCAUGCUGGAGGCUGCGUUGAUGGGGUUGGGGGAGGGGAGCGUGGAUGAGCAUGUUAGGGAUUUGGCGGAGAGGGUGAGGUCGUUGAUGAAGGGUGGGAACGGAAAGGGUGGUCGUGGCGGGGAUGGGAAGGACGAAGACAGCGAGCUGACAACGCAGGCGGUGGAAAAUGAGGUCGAGAGGAUCAGGAGUGGGGAGAGUGGGCGGGCGGGUGAGGAGACUGAGAAAGUAUCACAGCGGGAGAGAUAG